UAGCUAAGUGCAGCCGCCCUCCUCUGUCACCGAGAGACAGUCCACUUAAAUGCAGCUCCAGGGUUGCGGGACUCCCACCAGCAUCACUCCCCGUGUGAGGUGGCAAAUGCAACAUGCUCUCCAGCUUGGGGUGUCUACUUCUCUGUGGAAGUAUUGCACUAGCCCUGGGAAAUGCACAGAAAUUGCCAAAAGGUAAAAGGCCAAACCUGAAGGUCCACAUCAAUACUACAAGUGACUCCAUCCUCUUGAAGUUCCUGCGUCCAAAUCCUAAUGUAAAACUGGAAGGUUUUCUCCUGGGAUAUGGAAGCAACUUAUCACCAAACCAGUACUUCCCUCUUCCUGGGGAAGGGAAAUACACUGAGGCCGUGGUUGAUGCUGAGCCUAAAUAUCUGAUAGUCGUGCGGCCCGCUCCUCCUCCCAGCCAAAAGAAGUCAUGCUCAGGUAAAGCACGAUCUCGCAAACCUCUCCAGCUGGUGGUUGGCACUCUGACACCAAGCUCAGUCUUCCUGUCCUGGGGCUUCCUCAUCAACCCUCACCAUGACUGGACAUUGCCAAGUCACUGUCCCAAUGACAGAUUUUAUACAAUUCGCUAUAGAGAAAAGGAUAAGGAAAAGAAAUGGAUUUUUCAACUCUGUCCGGCCACUGAAACAAUUGUGGAAAAUCUAAAGCCUGACACAGUUUAUGAAUUCGGAGUGAAAGACAAUGUAGAAGGUGGAAUUUGGAGUAAGAUUUUUAAUCACAAGACUAUUGUUGGAAGUAAAAACAAAGUAAAUGGGAAAAUCCAAAGUACCUAUGACCAAGUCCACACAGUGCCAGCAUAUGUUCCAAAAAAGCUAAUCCCAGUAACAAUCAUCAAGCAAGUGAUUCAGAAUGUUACUCACAGGGCCUCAACUAAAUCCCCAGAAAAGACUCCCUAUGGAGGAACAAUACUGGUCCACCUUGUUAUUCCAGGUCUUAAUGAAACCACCAUAAAACUUCCUACCUCCAUAAUGUUUGAGAUUUCGGAUGCAAUCAAGACACAGUUAGCUAAGAAUGAAACCUUGGCACUACCUGCUGAAUCUAAAACACCAGAGAUAGAAAAAAUCCCAGCACAGCCCGUAACAGUGACUCCUGAAUCAGUUCCAAGAACCACUAAACCCACUGUGUCUAGUGCGUUAGACAUUUCAGAAACAAUACCGGCUUCAAGUCAAAAGCCAUGGAUUGUGCCUACAAGUAAAAUAUCUGAAGAUUCCAAAAUUCUGCUGCCUCAAACUGCCACUUAUGAUGUUUUCUCAAGCCCUACAACAUCAGAUGAGCCUGAAAUAUCAGAACCCCACACAGCAACAAGCGAUCCAUUUCUGGAUUCUGUCCCAUCUAAAACUUCUAGAACUCUUGAACAGCCAAGGGCAACACUGGCUCCGAGUGAAACACCAUUCGUCCCUCAAAAACUGGAAAUCUUUACCAGUCCUGAAAUGCAACCUACAACACCUGCUCCCCUGCAAACUACAUCUGUCCCUUCUACACCUAAACGACGCUUCAGGCCCAAAACACCAAGAACUAAACCUGAAAGAACCACAAGUCCUGGAACAAUUACAUCUAAAAUUUCUAAAAGCCCUGAACCUACACGGACAACACUGGCUCCCAGUAAAACACAGUUUAUUUCUUUGAAACCUAAAAUCCCUCUCAGUCCAGAAGUGACACACACCAAACCUGCCCUGGAACCUGAGACUCCACCACCAUCACAGCCGCCAAUAGUCUUAGAACCUGGAACACUGGGAACUAAACCUUCAACAACAACAUUAGCUCCACCAAAGACCAAACGACCAGGUCGUCGUCCCCGCCCUAAAACCACACCUAGUCCAGAUGUGCCCAAGUCCAAACCUGCGUCGAAACCAUCCGAAAGACCUAAAACUACACGUAGACCAGAUGUACCUCAAAUCCAGCCUGAUUCAAAAUCACCAAAGCAAUUACUUCCUAAACCCAAAACCACAGCAAAACCAGAUACGCCACCACCUAAAUCCGUCUUUGAGCCUGUUACAUUUGAGAAUGAAGCGCCCUCCACAACCAUAGUUCCUGCCAGAGACAUUGAACCUGUAACUCUGAGAACUGAGGCUCCUUGGACAACAUUAGCUCCAAAAACAUCACAAAGAACAAGAAAACGUCGUCCACGUCCACGUCCCAAACAUAAAACCACGCCGAGCCCAGAGACACCUCAGGCCAAACUAGACCUUGAACCUGUUACUACUGGGACAUCUUUAGCUCUAACAACAACAAAGAGACCCCGUCAUCCACGUCCCAAACCUAAAACCACGCCCCAUCCAGAAGUACCUCAGACCACACUGGUUCCUGCCACAAUCCCUGAACCAGUUACUCUUAGGACCGAGGCUCCAGGGACGACCAUAGUGCCUCAGCGAACUCAUCAUCCACAUCCCAAAUCUAAAACCACACGGAAUCCUGAAACACCUCAGACUGAACUGGUCCUUGAAGCAGUUGCUCCUAUCAAAGAGGCUCCAGGGACAGCAUUCGUUCCUGUUACAGACCUUGAACCUGAUACUUUUACAACUGAGACCUCUGGGACCACAUUAGCUACCAAAGCAUCACAAAGACCUCGUCGUCCACGUCCCAGACCUAAAACCACACCAAGCCCUCAAGUACCUCAGACCAAACCGGUUCCUGCUACAGUCCUUGAACCUGUCACUCUUAGACCAGAGGCCCCCAGAACAACAUUAGCUUCCAAAUCAUCACAACAGACAAUUCAUCCACAUCCAAGUCCUGAAGUACCUGAGUCCAAACCAGCUCCUACUGCAGACUUCGAACCUGUUACAUUCAGAACUGAGGCUUGGGUGACAACACAAGCUCCUAAAACAUCAAAACGGACCCGUCGUCCACGUCCCAAACCUAAAACCACACCAACUCCUGAGGCACCUCAAACCAAACUGGUUCCCACUGCAGAUCUUGAACCUGGUACUUUUAGAACUGAAGCUCCAGAAAUCGUGGUUCUUCCUACAGUCCUUGAACAUGUCACUCCUAGAACCAAGGCUCCAGAAACAACGUUAGCUCCUAAAACAUCACGAGUUCAUCGUCCACGUCCCAGACCUAAAACCACAUCAAGCCCUGAAGCACCUCAGACCAAACUGGUUCCUGCUACUAGCUUUGAACCUGUUAUUCAUAGUUCUGAAGCUCCAGAAACAACAUUAGCUCCCACUGAACUGCAUACUCUUAUUUUGAAACCAGUGACAUCACCAAGCCUAGAAAUGACACAAAGUCAACCUGUUUCUGAAGUCCUGGAAUCGGUUACAUUUAGCACUGAGUCAUCAAAGGAAGCUAUAGCACCAACUGAAAUAGAUUAUGUAUAUUCCACUGCCAAAGCACCACUCAGGCCAGAGGAGUCAAAGACUGAAGUUGUGGAAUCUAUUACAAAUGUGUCUGAACCACCUGAGAUCACGCUAGAAACAUCACCUCUGCCUUCCCAAACUGUAAUCCUACCCAGCCCAGAUGAGCCUCAGACCGAACCGGUGCCCAAGGAGACACCGCGAGCUCCUCCCAAACCAAAAAUAUCUCCACGUCUAAGAAUCCCACCAACACAGCCAGCUCCUAAGGUGUUCCAGCAUGUUACUCCGAAGCCAAAGACAUCACCAAGUCCAGAAGUGUCCUAUACUCAGCCUGUUCCAAGAGAUGUGCUCCUUCCCCAUAAACCAGACCCUGAAGCCUCUCAGAGCGAACCUGUUCUGCAACCUGUUACCUUUAGAAUUGAUCUGCCAGAGACAACACUAGCUCCUUUAGAGACACGAGGCAGCCCUUUCAUUCCUAUGAUUUCACCGAGUUCUAGUCAAGAGGAACUACAAACCACUCUGGCAGAAACAGACCAAUCCACCCAAGAACUCUUCACAACCAAGUUUCCACGAACAACUGAAUUGGCAAAGACAACUCAGGCACCACACAGAUUGUAUACAACUCCUGUGAAGCCCAGAACACCUGACAAACCACACAUCAGACCUGUUCUGAAUAGGACAACUACAAGACCUAGUAGACCCAAACCCAGUACAAUGCCCAAAGGGAAUGGAAUGGAAACAGGGGUCAAGCAAGCACCACUGCCAUCCGGUGCUGAUAGAAAUGUGUCAGUGGACUCUUCUUACUCCACAAAAAAACCAGCCACAAUCCCAGGCACUCGUCGCCCACCCUUGCCACCUAGACCCAUGCCCCCACGACGAAAGCCUUUACCACCAAAUAAUGUCACCGGAAAGCCAGGAAGCGCAGGAAUCAUUUCAUCAGGCCGAGUAACUUCCCCACCCUUGAGGGCAACACUCAGACCUACUGAAGCCCCCUUGGAGAGAACAGAGACAGAUAAAAAGCAACCAACAGCUCCUGCCUCAGGAGAAGAUCUUGGUAAUAUGACUGACUUUAGCUCAAGUCCAACAAGAGAAACUGAUCCUCUUGGGAAGCCCAGAUUCAAAGGUCCUCACGUGAGGUAUAUCCAAAAGCCUGACAACAGGCCCUGCUCCAUCACUGACUCUGUCAAGCGAUUCCCCAAAGAAGAGGCCACAGAAGGGAAUGCCACCAGCCCACCGCAGAACCCACCUACCAACCUCACUGUUGUCACUGUGGAAGGGUGUCCCUCCUUUGUCAUCUUGGACUGGGAUAAGCCACUCAAUGACACUGUCACUGAAUAUGAAGUUAUAUCCAGAGAAAAUGGGUCAUUCAGUGGGAAGAACAAGUCCAUUCAAACUACAAAUCAAACCUUCUCCACAGUAGAAAAUCUAAAACCAGACACAAGCUAUGAGUUCCAGGUGAAACCCAAAAACCCACUUGGUGAAGGCCCACCCAGCAACACGGUGGCAUUCAGUACUGAAUCAGCUGACCCAAGAGUGAGUGAGCCAGUUUCUGCAGGAAGAGAUGCCAUCUGGACUGAAAGACCCUUUAAUUCAGACUCUUACUCAGAAUGUAAGGGCAAACAGUAUGUCAAAAGGACGUGGUAUAAAAAGUUUGUAGGGGUGCAGCUGUGCAACUCUCUCAGAUACAAGAUUUAUCUGAGUGACUCCCUCACAGGAAAAUUUUAUAACAUAGGUGAUCAGAGAGGCCAUGGAGAAGAUCACUGCCAGUUCGUAGACUCAUUUUUAGAUGGACGCACAGGACAGCAAUUCUCUUCUGACCAGUUACCCACCAAAGAAGGCUAUUUCAGAGCAGUUCGCCAGGAACCCGUCCAAUUUGGAGAAAUUGGUGGUCACACCCAAAUCAAUUAUGUCCAGUGGUAUGAAUGUGGGACCACAAUUCCUGGAAAAUGGUAGAUGCUGCAAUCACGUUCAGAAGUGCCUUCUGUUUCAUCAUGGCAAAAAAUAAUUGGAAACAGUAUGGUGUUUGUCACAUGCAUUUAAAGCUCUUAUGUUUACUAUGUAUAAAAGUUUAAAAUCUAAUUAAUAGCAAUAUUAGAUGUUUACUAGGAAGAUUGCUAAGAAUAUUUAUCAGGUUUUACAAAGUCAUUUAAAGAAAGCAAAAUAUUGACAUUAACAGAAUAACAUUUUUGGGGAAGCUGGCUCCCUAUUCAUGGUAUUUUAAGAGAUCAUUUGUAUAUUAUUUAUCACACUGUUGUAAUGAUGUUUUGAGAUACUUUUAUAACAAAAUUAACAUCAAAAAACUAAUAUACUUUUUAAAAAAUACUUACUAUUAUUCUGUAUUCUUCCUACUGGUGAGUUAAUUCCAUAAACCUCUACUUGGUUUAACUUAUUAGAUCAAAUUAUCUUCAGCAUAUAUAUCUGGGGGAAAAAGGUGCUAAUAUUCACAUGUUUAUUUAAACUUCAACUUUUUAGCAACAGCUGAAUAUCUUUUCUGAAGCGUUUAAAUAGUUAACCAUUCAUGACAGUAUACAUUUCCUCAAAUAUCUGCGAACUAUUGAAAAGAUUUUGUUUGAAUCAGUAAAUUUCAUUUCAGUUAUAAAUAGAAUUGAGAAUUAUAUAUAGCGUUUCAAAAUACAUAUUUUUUUCUUUCUCUACCCAUAAACAUGUUACAAUGUCUGAAUGUUAUUUGUCAAACUAUCCCUUUAAGCAGUUGUGUUCCUACUGUUUUUAAUAUAAUUCUAAUCAAGCUGUAUACAGAGACUGACUGUAAAGUCUAAGCACAAAAGGAUAAUGCAUGAUGAGAUCCCUGCCAUUUUAUAGGAUAUUUACUAUAUUUUUACACAGAAGAUCUCUAGGGAAUGAAUGUAUCAGAGGCUGUUUUCGUAAUUCUGUCUAACCCAACCUGUAAUGAAAAUCUGACUCGUUUUUAUGUAAAAAAAAAAAAAAAAAAGUAUUUUUCUCCUUCAUUUGGGGAGGGAGAUGGGAAUGCUGCAUUGUUGCCCUCAUCCUUAAAGGACCUUUCUGUGCUUACCACCUUUCACCAUGCUUCAGUUUUAUCAAUACUUCAUUUUAUAUUUUUCAAACAAGUAUAAACUCUGCAAUAAAGAGAUGUAGUUUUUUUAA